AUGGUAGGUUCCGCGUCUUUGGGUGCUUUCAACGGUCCUGAACCCGUCAAAGCGGGAGCAGCGCAGAGCUACCUGGCCUUGUCCAACAAGGCAGCAAAUCCUCUGGCCACUAAAGUAUCUGCUCUCUUAUCUACAUCAUACUCUGAUGCAGAUUUCCGCAGUGCGGUAGCUCUAAUAGAUCAUCGUGGCAUCAGAAACGAUGGGAAAACUCGGCGGAGACUUCGGCUAGAACUGCAAAAGGAAGUCAUUGAGAACAAUGGCAAGGUACUAGACGACUUCAGUUCCGUUUCAGAUGUGAGUCGAGUAGAUGCAUCUAAUCUUCCUUCCCCAGCUAACCGGAAUAGCAAUUGA